AUGGGAGCAUGCUAUGCUCAUUCUUCUUCCUUCAUUCUUGUUGCUGCCAUUGCAUUCUUUUGUGUUGGCAGUGUCAACUCUGAAAACCCAUACAGGUUCUUCACUUGGAAGGUCACCUAUGGUGACAUUUAUCCUCUUGGUGUUAAGCAACAGGGGAUCUUGAUUAAUGGGCAAUUCCCAGGGCCCACUAUAGAUGCGGUUACAAAUGAUAACCUGAUCAUCAGUGUCUAUAACUACCUUACAGAACCAUUCCUCAUCUCAUGGAAUGGAUUACAGAAUAGGAGGAACUCAUGGCAGGAUGGAGUUGAAGGCACAAACUGUCCAAUCCCACCAGGGAAGAACUUCACUUAUGUUAUUCAGCUCAAAGACCAGAUUGGAAGCUUCUUCUACUUCCCUUCUCUUAAAAUGCAAAAAGCCGCCGGAGGAUUCGGCGCCAUCAGGAUCUGGAGCCGGCCAGGAAUUCCGGUUCCUUUUCCUCCUCCUGCUCAGGACUUCAUCAUACUUGCUGGAGAUUGGUACAAGAGAGGACAUCAUAAAUUGAUGCAUAGCCUAUGGCGUGGUCAUAAUCUUCCUUUUCCUGAUGGACUUGUUAUCAAUGGACGUGGUUGGAAUGGAAUCACAUUCACUGUUGAUCAAGGUAAUACAUAUAGAUUGCGGAUAUCAAAUGUGGGGUUGACAACAUCAAUCAACAUGAGAAUCCAAGGACACAAGAUGAAACUUGUGGAGGUAGAAGGGUCUCACACCAUACAGAACACUUACUCUUCCCUUGACAUCCAUCUUGGACAGACCUAUUCUGUUCUUGUCACUGCUGAUCAACCUCCAAAGGAUUACUACAUAGUUGUCUCCACUAGAUUCACCAGAAGGGUACUCACCACCACUGCAAUUCUUCACUAUAGCAACUCAAAUCGGCAUCUAUCUACUACUCCUCCCCGAGGGCCUACCCAAGAUAUUGCUUCCUCUCUUUAUCAAGCCAAAACUAUACGUUGGAAUCUGACAGCAAGUGGACCAAGACCAAACCCACAAGGAUCAUACCCCUACGGACUAAUCAAACCAACAAGAACCAUAAUUCUGGCAAACUCUGCUCAUUUCAUAAAUGGAAAACAGAGGUAUGCUGUGAAUGGUGUGUCAUAUGUUGCACCAGAUACACCAUUGAAGCUAGCUGACUACUUCAACAUCCCUGGAGUUUUCUCUGUUGGGACCAUCCCUACAACCCCUUCAAGGGGAACCAAUAAUGCCUACCUCCAAACCUCUGUGAUGGGGGCAAGUUUCCAUGAAUUUGUGGAGAUUGUGUUCCAAAAUGGAGAGAAGUCUGUGCAGUCAUGGCAUCUUGAUGGACAUUCCUUCUUUGUUGUAGGGUUCGGUAGUGGAAGGUGGACACCUCAAAGUAGAGCACAUUACAAUCUGAGAGAUGCUGUAUAUAGAUGCACCACUCAGGUGUACCCCAAGUCAUGGACAGCAAUAUACGUGGCACUAGACAACGUGGGAAUGUGGAAUCUAAGGUCUGAGAAUUGGGGAAGGCAAUACUUGGGGCAGCAACUGUAUGUGAGGGUACACACACCUUCCAAAUCAUUCAGAGAUGAACUUCCGAUCCCAAAGAAUGCACUCCUUUGUGGCAGGGCAAGGGGUCGCUACACUAGGCCUUUUUAA